CCCAUAGAUCAAUCUAGUGAGUUAGAUUGCUUGAAGUGGCUUGACGUGCAACCGAGUCGAAGCAUUGUGUUCUUGAGCUUCGGAAGCCGCGGCGUUUUCCCGGUGAAAUAGAUUGCAGAGAUCGCCGCGGGGCUUGAAAGGAGUGGCCAGAGGUUCUUGUGGGAGGUGCGAAGUCCUCCACGGGAUAGUGACAGACAGUCUUUGUUAUCGGCCAUGGAUGAUUUCGAUCUUAAUGCUGUGAUGCCGGAGGGGUUUCUUGAUCGGACCAGAGACAGGGGAAUGGUGGUGAAGUCGUGGGCGCCACAGGUUGAGGUGUUGAGUCGAGAAUCGGUGGGUGGAUUCGUGACUCACUGUGGGUGGAACUCGGUUUUAGAAGCGGUGUGCGCUGGGGUGCCAUUGCUGGCUUGGCCGCUCUAUGCAGAACAUGAAAUGAAUAAGGUGAUUUUGGUGGAGGAGAUGAAGUUAGCUAUGCCAAUGGAGGUGGCAGAGGAGGAUGGGAACGUGGUGGCUGCCGAGGUUGAGAAGCGAGUCAAAGCAUUGAUGGAUUCGGAGGAGGGAACAUAGAUGAGAGAGCAGUGUAGGGAAAUGAGGGAGAAGGCCUUGGCUUCAUGGGCUGAAGGUGGAUCGUCAAAGACUACGUUUACCAAUUUGGCCGAGUCAUGGGAGCGGAGAUAAAAC